AUGUCAAAUGAGUCAUUUUCUUGGAAAGUCAGGACGAAUGAUUCGCAUCCGUUAACCGCUAGUCCUGCUCCAAAAAAACCAAAUCAUGAAGCACUUUCUAGACUUCAAUCACCACUGAAUUCCCCGAAAUUACAACCGAUCGGAUCUCCUCAAGCGCUUCGUAGAGUAACUUCCGCUAAUGGGACAAACACGUCGAUGUAUCCAAAAUGGUCAGGAGGUCUUUCUCUCUCUAGUAGCCGCGCUGCUUCUCCAGCUCCUUCAACUUCGGACCCGUUCGGCAACCUUGCUUUUGGUAAUGUCCUAGGUGGUUCGGAUGUCCCUAACAAAGGCAAUUUUCCAAGUCUUGCUUCGGAAUCAAACCCGUCCGUUUCAACUCCAUCUCUUAUUUCAAGAAACGCUGCAUUCAUGGGGGACCCUUUUGCUCAGGCUGUUCAAAGUGCUACCACGAACACUAACCCGCCAAAUCAGGAACCUUUAUCUUCCGAUGCUAGUCGCUCUGAAGAUGUCGAGGCCUUUUCUGUCAGAAAUAAUCCUUCUUUUUCGAGUCAGCGUACUCCAAUGACUUCUUCGACCCGGACACCCACCCCUACUUCUGUUGAACCCGGUGAGGAUACCAUUCCGACUGCUAUUGUUGUAAAAAAUAUUCCCUUUUCAUUGGAAAAGGAUGCUUUGCUUGAAGCUUUCAAGCAAUUAGGUAUUCCACGUCCCUAUGCUUUCAACUAUCAUUAUGACAAUGGUAUCUUCCGUGGCCUAGCUUUCGCGAAUUUUUACCUUCCUGAAGAAGCUCAAAUAGUUGUCCAAACGUUGAAUGGCUACGAAAUUAACAGCCGCCGUUUGCGUGUUGAAUGGAAACGCCAACUACCUGCUGCCGAACGUGAAAAGGCCGAAAAAGCUAAGAAACGUCAAGCAGAGGAACGGCGUAGAAAGCACCAAUACAAAACCUUUGAAGUUAGCUUUAAGGAUCAGGGUUUGGAUUUAAACAAUACUACAACCUUAGAAAUAUAUAGUAGACUUUUACUUUUCGCUAAUCACUGUCUUCCUGGAAACGAGCUUGUUUUUGAAGCUCCUUCAAAGGACCAUAGUAUCUCAAAUGCUGUGCGAGCUUUUGCUUUACAUUUUGACUUGGAUUACUACGUACAACCUAAUAUGGAAAUCAUCAAGCUCACUGUCACACACCCAGCGAAAAAGCCUUCCAACGUAAGUCAUUCUCAACCUUCUUCUCCUGGCUUCCGCCGUGCGUUACAUGCUCCUAUGGCAUCGCGAUUUUUGCAAGAACACGCACUGAACGGAAUAAGAAGUGCCCCUAUCACUCCUCCACCCAGCUUUGCCUCACUAGUGAACCCUAUUCGCUCCGUUGAUGACAAGAUUUAUGGUAAUGAUUCUCCUUUACGACAGACGAAUCCGUCUCUUUUCUGCGAUAUUACUAGAAAAGUCUUGUCACGAUUACUCUACUCCUUAUCAACGUUCGAUGCUUGGACUUAUGCUUUUGAUAAUUUUACGAUUUUGGUUUGGUUGGAGUCAUUUUUUUACUGA